UCCCCAAACCCGUCGGGAAGUCCAACCUCCUGUCGCUCUACGCGCACAACGAGUUCAACCUCCACUCCAAGGCCACCAUCGGCGUGGAGUUCCAGACCUAGAGCAUGGAAAUCGACGGCAAGGAGGUCAAGGCCCAGACUUGGGACACCACCGGAUAGGAGAGGUUUCGCCCCGUCACCUAUGAUUACUACAGGCGCGCCAUCGACGCCCUCGUCGUCUAUGACAUCAGCCGCAAGACCACCUUCGACAACGUUAGACGAUGGCUGGAUUAGCUCAAAAGUAAGUAUGCCCAGCUGUGCGCAUUUCCAUUUAUACUCUAUCUUUUGCAUUCGUCGAUUGAAAUUGAUUGUGGUUGGGAGGUUGGAAGUAGAUCUAAAGCUUUGA